UACUACGGAUAGUACAUAAGCGGAAGUGGAAACGCAUUUUCACAAUUUAUCCGCUUUGCACUAACCGAUCGUGGCGGUUUUACGUGUACUGUAUUAAGUUUUGGCUUAUGCAGGUUUGCUAGGUCAGGCAUAUCAUAAUGCUUUCGGUGAAACUUUUUAUUUCGUCAGGAGAUGAAUAGAAACAGCAGAUAUCAGCUUUUCACAUUUAAAUCUGUAGUUUACAUAUUUCAGUCUGCACGCCUUUCAGUUAUUCCUUACUUGUUAGCAGCACGUACAUUCUAUAUAUACACCAGAAGCGCCUUCGGACACUACAUUCCUUUCAUCCAGCUGGGACGCCGGCUGCACAGCCGCGACAUCCGCAUCAGCAUGACCGUGCCCAGCGACAUCCUCGCCGAACUGCGCAGCAAAGGCGUCCUCACGCCGGACGACGAGCUGCACGUCUUUCACGUCAUCGACGUGGACUCGCUGUCUAUGCAGAUAACAUCUUCCCACGGAUCCCAGCUGACCAUAGCCCAGACCCUCACCAAGAUGAUGGAAUCCCAAUCCCCACCGGCGCCGGGAUCAUCCACUUCCGGUCCCCCAAAGAACAUCAUGCAGGGACUGCAGAUGAAGCUAGCCGGUAUUCUGCCCGGCUUGAAAAGUUAUUUAUCCAACAUCAGCAACGUGGAUUUGGUGAUCAUCGAUUAUUACGUUAGUCCGGCGGCGGAGGUGCUGGCCGACCGGCAGAUCCCGUACUGUGUGUUUAAUACCGGGGCGCCCUUGAUGGCCUUGUCGUUGUUGACGCUGACGGCGUCCACGCCGACGGAUGACGCGGCUGGACCGUCGCCCAUGUUGGAUGAUUUCCGCAAUAAGGCGGCGAUGCCGGCUGCGUUCAAGGAAAUGACGCUGGAGCGAAAGGUCAUACUGGGCAAGGCGCGCGGGUUUAUUCUCAAUUCAUUUGCCGGCUUAGCCGAUGAGUUGGUACGGGAUGUGCAAUCGGAUAAAUACAGUUUGGCUGGGCUGAACAUUUUCCAAAUUGGGCCGCUGUUUCCGGAGGAGGAGGGCACGAGUACCAAGGAAGAUCAAUCAGGCCAGAAAAUUAUACAAUGGCUGGACGAAAGUGCCCCGCACUCCGUCAUUUACGUCUCCUUCGGCACGGUUGCCACGCCCUCCCCGCCGCAGCUAACCGCGCUGUGCAACACCCUCCUGACCCUCAUCACCCGCCACCACUCCCGCAUCCUGUGGUCACUUCCGGUAUCCCACCACUCCUAUGUAGCCGACACCCUCCGCACCCAUCCCAGCGUCCUCCUGACCUCCUGGACACCCCAGCGCCUCGUCCUGGGACACCCGGCACUGGCGCUCUUCGUCAGCCACUGCGGCUGGAACAGUACCCUGGAGAGCCUGGCGAUGGGGGUGCCGGUGGUGGGUUGGCCUUUGUUUUCCGAUCAAUAUUUGAAUUCGCAGUGGCUGGAGGAUGCCGGGCUGGGACUGCGGGUCAGAGGGACGGGGCUGAUGGGGCCGACGGUCCGGGUGGUGCCGGAGGAGGAAAUUGUGGGGAUUAUUUCCCGCAUUUUGGAUGGACGGGAGGAAUUUGCGGCCGCGGUGGGCGAGUGGAAGAAGAAAAUCGCCGACGCUAUGCGGAAACCAUCGGGAAGCUAUUAUUCGGAAUUUGACCGGCUCUCAGCAGAUGUUCUGGCAAUCUAGUGCUAUAUAUUAUAAACUUUUUGCUCCUGCUUUUACAUGAAAAUUUUACGCAUAUGUGAAUAAAAAACAAAAUUAUUCUACAUAUAACAUGGCUUACUAGGAUGAGUAACUUCAAUCAUCCAAAUUUUAUGCAGCAAGCCGCUUACUGCUUUGUAUUUACAUACAUUAAUUUACCCAGAACACUUUCUCAUGCAUAAAGCACCGCUACGAUUG